AUGGAUUUGAAAGGCAUUGCCAAGAAGAGAAUGUAUAAUGUGGCUGAUGUUGUAGAGGCUUCUGGUUCUAAGAAAAGACAUCUUCCAUCUAAGGUUGAAGCUCGUAAGGCAAAGAGAAUCAAAUCUUUGAGUCGGUUAAGGAUGAGUUCAGACAAGUUUGAAGAUUUUGAUAUUCCAAAAAAAAUUCUCUUGAGGAAUGAGAUUAUAUAUAUGACCAAAAAAAUCAGUUUCUUGCAAAAGUUGUCUCCACUGCUUCCUACAAGCUUAUUGCAACAUCAAGUUUUUCAUGGAUUGUUGUUGAGGGAGGUUCAACAGCCUAAAGAUGUUGAAUUGCGGGUUAUGAUUCGUGGUGUUAUAGGCUUAGAUUUAGCAUUGAAGAACACUGGUAGGUAUGAUGAAUUUGCUUGGGGACAGAGUUCUUUUGAAUUGACUAUUUCGUCGUUGAAGGUGGAUGGUUUGAAGCUUAAGAUUGAUUUGCUGCAUACUUCCCAGCAGAAGAUUUCAUCUGAUUUGGUUGAGUUGAAAGAGUUUGUUUGUGCACAGUUUGUUUCUUUUGCUGCCCAAAUGGCUACAAUGCAGACACAAUUUUCAUCUGUGUUUGCUGAUUCCAUUGCUAAGGACAAAGCCAGUGACUCUUCCAAUAAUGACGGUGGUAGUGAUAAUGAAGAAGAUAUUGAUUCAGAGGAUGAAGAUUUGGAUGAAGGUAGUGGUGAUGAAGAGGAGGGUAGUGACGGAGAGCAAAAAGAUGAGGAUGAUAAUGAAGAUUCCGAGUCCAAAGGAAAAGAUGAUAAGGGCAGUGAUGAUGAAUGCGAUGAUAGUGAGAAAAAGGCCUCAUGCACCUAUAAAAGGAGAGCUCCCUUAGCUCAAUUUUUACUUUCAGAAAACUACUCACAAGGUCAGAGCUUCUCUCUUUAG